AUGACUUACUUUUUUAAUAAAAAGAAAAAGAAUAUAUUUAAUAAAUUAAGAAAUCAAUUUACACUUCAAGGGAUACCAUAUUCUGUUGAAAGUUUAAAAUUCUUGACAGAGAGUUUAUGCAACAAGGCAUCUGAUGCACCGAGUAUUAUCAUUGUCUGGGAUUACCAUGCUCUUGGAAUGAGAAUUCGAGAGAUUAGUCCCGACCUUGUUAGCACUAAUAAAAUGAUCCAUGAAGUGGUCAUGCGAUUUGGAAUGGGUCAUGGAACAGUUCAUGACAAUACAAUCUUUUCAUUCCCAUCUCACAAGGACUUGAUGCAUCGUUGCAAGAACCUCUCCCAAACCCUUCCAUGGUGUCUCUCCUAUUCCAAUGUUCCUCGAAUCGCAACAGUCUACUGGGUAUCAAAGAUGGAUAGCAAGUUGCCUAAAAUGUAUGAAUACUUUCAACAUCCAUUCUAUUUACCUUCACAUUUGGAACCUUAUAAUCCUGCCUAG